UCUGGGCCCUAGAACAACAUUCGCUUUGGCGAUUACAACUAAGCAACAACAAUGGCAUUUUUUAAAUUUAACCUAAUUUUGGGCUUGUGUCUUUUGGCCGUUGCCUGUCAGGCUGAACGUGCUCGUUAUGACAAUUAUCGUGUGUAUAGAACUACCGCUUCGAGUGAGGCUGAAUUGGAAGUUUUGAAAAAUUUGGAAGGUGCUUCGGAUUCUAUAAUGUUCUUGGAUGGCAUACACAGUAUUAAUAAACCCAUUAAUGUGGUGGUAGCUCCUCAUAAGGUACCUGAUUUCUUGGAAAUUAUGGGUACCAGUGAGGUGGAAUAUGAAUUGAUUGAGAGCAAUUUGCAAAGUCAAUUGGAAGAUGAUGAAGAACAAGUGGCUAAAUCUAAUCCUCUAUCUCGUUCGGUUUCGUACAACUGGAAUCAAUACUAUGAAUUGGAAGAUACCUACAAAUGGUUGCAACAAUUGGCUGUUGAAUAUCCCGGUGUUGUGACUUUAAUUGAAGGCGGCAAGACCUAUCAGGGACGUUCGAUUUUGGGUGUUAAAAUCUCCAAGAGUAAAUCGGAAAAGCCUGGCAUCUUUAUUGAGGCCGGUAUACAUGCUCGUGAAUGGAUUGCUCCCGCCACUGCCACCUAUUUGAUCAAUCAAUUGUUGAACUCUAAUGUGGCCAGCAUUAGCCAAGUGGCUGACAACUAUAACUGGUAUAUUUUCCCUCAUGCCAAUCCUGAUGGUUAUGUUUACACCCACACCAAAGAUCGUAUGUGGCGUAAGACUCGUACUCCUUAUGGCAGCUGUUUUGGAGCUGAUCCCAAUCGUAACUGGGGCUUCCAAUGGAAUGUUGUGGGUUCUAGCAACAAUCCCUGCUCUGAUACCUAUGCUGGUCCAUCUGCUUUCUCGGAAAUUGAAACUCGCUCCUUGGCCGAUUACCUUAAAACUUUGGAGGGUAAAAUCUCUCUCUACAUUUCCUUCCAUGCCUACUCUCAGUAUUUACUCUUCCCUUACGGUCACACCGCUGAAUUGCCACCCAACUAUAAGGAUUUGAAACAAGUUUUCGAUGUUAGUAUUGCCGCCAUCAAUAAACGUUAUGGCACCAAAUACACUGGUGGCAACAUUUAUGAUGCUAUCUAUCCCGCUUCGGGCGCCUCUGUGGAUUGGGCUUAUGAAAAUGUUGGCACCAGAAUGGCCUACUGCUAUGAAUUGCGACCUUCCUCCAACUCUUUCUUGGUUGGUUUUAAACUACCAGCUUCGCAAAUUGUUUCCACUGGUGAGGAAACUGUUGACUCUAUUGUUGCCAUGGUUAACGAAGUCCAAAAAUUGGGUUACUUCAAAUAAAUUAUGUCUUAUACAUUCCAUGUAAAUUGUAUAAAUAAAACGUUAUUAGAGAAUUAUUAAACGAAU